AUGGACACACAGAGGAUUUGCAAGAUCUGCAACAGAAGUUUUGCUAAUGGCAAAGCCAUGGGAGGUCAUAUGAGAUCUCAUUUAGCCAAACUUCCUAUUCCUUCAAAACCUAAGCCUUCUCCUGUUUUUACUCUCAAGUCUUCAUCUUCAUCUUCUUCCUUGAGUAAUCACUCAUUCAAAGAUCACAUACAACCCUAUCGAUCUGUCAACCAUGAUCUCUCCGAUGUUGAAGGUGAGGCUGAGUCAUCCAGAAACUUAACAAAGAGAAGAUCUAAACGGCGUCGAAACCCAUCUGAGGCUGACCCAGAAUCGGUAAGUUCAAUUACUGACAAUUUUCCUGUUGAAGAAAUUGCAAUGUGUCUUUUAACGCUUUCAAGAGAUAAGUGGCCAGAAGAAGACAAAGUAAAACUGAAUCAUCAUAAAUACAUAGGCGAUGAUGAAAGUGACAGUACGACUACGAGUAAAAUAUUCAAGUGUAAAACAUGCAAGAAAGGGUUUCGAUCUCAUCAAGCAUUAGGAGGACAUAUAGCAAGUUACAAGAAGAUCAAAAUUAAUCUUAAGGGUUCGCAUGAAGAUGUUACAGAUUUAGAUCCAAGAGUUUUCAAGUGCCCCAUUUGUGAUAAAGUUUUUGAGUCUGGCCAAGCCCUGGGUGGGCACAAGAAAGUUCACUUCACUAACUCAAGUGUUUCAUAUAAGGAUUCUUCUUCUUCUAAAUCUGGUGAAAAAUUUUUAGAUCUUAAUUUACCUGCACCAGAAGAUGAUACUGAAGUAAGCCAAGUUUUGUUUGAUUAUUCAAACAAAUUUUAGGGUUUAUAAAUUUGCAUGUACUAAGUUCUUGUUGCAACUUUGAUGAGCAG